UGUUCAUCACAAACCACCACAUGUCUCAAGGGAUUUUUAGAACCUAUUCAAAUUUGGAGCUAUUGAAGGUUGCUGAGACCCGUUUUGCAUCAAACACAAUCGUCUUAAGACGACUUGUGAAAGUUAGAGUGGCACUAUGCAAUAUGGUGAUCAGCACCAAUUGGACUGUAUGGAAGCAAAGUAGCACUGAGAGGGCAGAAAAAAUUAGGGAUAGAAUAUUGAAUGAGAAAUGGUGGGAUCUUGUUACAUAUCUCCUAAGUAUCACUGAGCCCAUCAUGAGCAUGAUUCGCUAUACAGACAUGGAUAGGCCUUGCAUAGGUGAGAUUUAUGAUGGCAUUGAUUCAAUGCUUGAAAAAACAAAGGUCACUAUAAAUGAAAAAGAGAAUGAUCCUCAGGAGAAAUUCUUCAAAGAACUGGAAGUAAUUAUUGUAGAGAGGUGGAAUAAGAUGACCACUCCUUUGCACCUUCUUGCCUAUGCCUUGACACCUAAGUACUAUAGCAAUCAGUUUCUUGAUAAACCAGGAAGGAUUCCACCAUGGAGAGAUCUAGAAGUAUCUGAUGGGUAUAAGGCAGCAUUUCUUAGACUAUAUCCCGAUGAUGAUUUGCGAGAUGUUGUUACAAAUGAGUUCAUAGAAUUCGCAAAUGGGAAUGGUCUAAGUGUUGAUGCACUUCGUCAUAGAUCCAAGAAAGAUGCUCAUAGCUGGUGGUACUUCCAUGGCACAUGCUUCCAACACCUACAACCCCUCGCUAUAAAAGUUUUAUCACAAGUUGCUAGUUCAUCUGCUUCAGAAAGAAAUUGGAGCACAUACUCUUUCAUCCACUCAGUAAAGCGCAAUAGGCUGCUAUCAAAAAGAGUGGAGAAUUUAGUAUAUGUGCAUUCCAACCUACGUCUUCUUUCACACAAACAACAUGACUACACACAAGGAGAAACAAAGAUGUGGGAUAUAGAGCCAGAGCAUACUGAUUUGGAUGCUCCUGCUUCUCAGCUUCUUGCAUUGACACUUGAUGACUCGGAAAUUGAGCCAACUUAUAGUGCAAGUGCAAGUGGCAUUGGCUCAUGUAAUGUCAAUGUCAAUGAGGAGGAGGAGGAGGAGGAGGAGGAUGAAGAAUUAGAUGAUCCAUUUGAUGAUUAAACUUUAAGUUUAUAUUGUUGAAAGUUGAAACAAUGAUACUUGAAUAUUUUGUCAUUUUGAUAUUAAACUUGAUGUAUAUGAUGCUAUUAUCAAUUAUGGUAUGAUCAUGAUGCUAUGAUUACAAGUUUAUGUUUGUUUUGUUGUUCAUAUGAUGCUAUGUGACAUGCAUAUUUUAAUUCAUGCUUAUA